AGAAACGCCAAGAAAUCGCGAUCGAUCCUUUGAAAAUCCAACUCGUACUUUGACCGUUUAAUCCUAACACGAUUAAUUAGCAUUUUUCUAACGUUUCUUCGAGGCUACGAUAAACGUAUCGAAGUCGAUGAUAAUAAAUACCAACAUCUAUCGUAUCCAAAUAGAAAGUCCACUUUUGGCAUGUAAAAGGGGACCGGAAAGGUACCGGAUAGAAUUAUUCGUAUUCUAUCGUCCGUAUACGAAGGAGGAACGCGAACAGGAUGUAAUAAGGAUGUCCGCAUUGAUCGAAAGCUUAGUAAAGUAAUCGUGUCAUUUUUCGAAUGUUUUAAUCACACGUCUAUUAUAUAUAUCUUUACCACAUAUAUAUAUAUAUAUAUAUAUAUAUAUAUAUAUAUAUAUAUGCGUAUAUGUAUAUAGAUAGGCGUAUUUGGAAGAAAGAAUCAAUUUGAUUUUCGAUUCUGUUUGCUUCGACGAUUAAUUAUUUUUCUUCGAAGACACGUACUUCAUACGUAUAAAACUCAUAUAGCUGCUUAGUUAAAAUACGAAAUGAACUUUAUGUACAUCUGCGGUGAAGAAAUAUGCGGUGAAGAUACGGAAUACGAAAUCAAAUGAAACAGUCAUGUCGGAAGGAGACACGCAUGUAAUGCGAAUUGCAGAAGCGAGAAUGCUCGGGGAGAAAGUGUGACUUUCGUCGAGAUAGAAGGACACCGAUAAGGCUCGUUCGAAAGUGAUCAAAGGAAGAAAAAGGAAAAGGAAGAUAUUGAGAAAAAAAAGAAUAUAUAUAUAUAUAUAUAUGUAUAUAUUUUCCACCUUGAUUCAUAUUUGAGGCGAGGAAUGUGAGAAAGUACGAAACGUCGUCUUCCGUGAAAAAUAAAAGUUUUUUUAGUGACUUUCAAAGUAUUCGCUGUGAAUGAAUACGUUGAGACCGUGCGGAGAACUACUAUAAAUCGUCCUCUGAAAGGAAAUAUUAACAGUGUGCAUUUUAAUGAUAUUCGCGAGAAAAAAAAAAAAAAUAAAUAAAUAAAUAAAUAAAUAAAUAAAUAAAUAAAAACUGUUGUUUUUCGAACUGUUCGUAUUCAAAUAAAUAAAGAAAUGGUUUAGUGUGCGUAUUACACGCUAUCAAGAUCUGAUAUGCAAAUUUCGCAUAGUAUAUAUCUGUUUGUUAAAUAAGUUAUAAAUGUUAAUGAAUUGGACUGAUAAAGAAAAAUAAAUGUAGUAAAGCACAAUUUGAAACGAGACAAGAAAGAAAGGAAAAUAAUUAAAAAAAAAAACAACAGUUAUAAGACACAUAGAACGUAAAAGGAUCGAUCGAAGAGAAGAGAUAAGAAAAAGAAAAAAAUGGAAAUUAAUUAAUUUGCGGAGGUUGUAAAGGUGCUUUACCAAAGAGUUUUAUCGUAACAAUACAUUCGCUCUAACGCGUAGAGGAGUUUGAAAGCCCCGGUAAAAGGGCGCAACUCCUCGAGUGGCCCAUUUCCCGUUAUCGUGAUAAACUCUUUGACAAUCGGUUCGGUGCUCGACAAAAACUGGGGUGAAUCAGUUGCUUCGCGGUACUCAAACGCGAUGAAUGGAGCAAUCGCGACGCCGUCGCCGUUGUCAUCGGCGUCGUCGUCGUCGUCGUCGUCGUCGUCGUCAUUGUCAUUAUCAUCGUCAUCCUCGUCGUCGUCGUCGUCGUCCUCUUCCUUCUCCUCCUCAUCGUCACCCUCCUCCUUUUUCUCCUCCACCACUUUCUCCUUAUUCUUCUCCUUCUCUUCUUUCUUCUCCUCCUCUACCUCUUCCACCUCCUUCUCCUCCUCCACCGCCACUACCACCAUCUCACUAUUAUCGUCGUCUUCCGGCUGAUCGCAAGAGCGCCUAUACGAGGAAUAAUAAAAUGGACGUGGAGCUGGUCACGCGAGCAUCCUUGACCUCCCUUCAAAAUGUAGACGAUGGCCGUGUCGUCUCGCCCAACAGCCUCGACGAAUGGACUUGGUCCAGUUUAAGAGCUAUCACGCACCUCGCGGACUUCUUAACAUACUCGUUCGAUUUUGCGAGGGACACACAAAAAACAGAGAUAGAAAGAGAGAGAGAGAGAGAAGACAACGAGAGAACUGCUAUGUCAAUUCGUUUCUUUCGAUGCGCGAGUGCCGUUAUGUGUUACCAAUAUGACUAUUUUUCUUUGGAUGUUUUAAUGAAAUAAUAAAAAAAGAAGCAGGAAAGAUUUAUACAAACAAUUCAAAUACAAAAACUUGGAAAAACUCUAUACCAGCUAUCAAAGGAGACUUCAAUAUGGUUACCUCUCGCUCUUCGUACUGGUCGAAAUAAUUUUGGGAUUUGUCUAUUGUUUCGUGUUAAUCAUGAUGGUAAACAUCGAAGAAUGCUUUCCAGACGUGAUAGUCCACAGUAUAAUAGGCGCCUUACUUUGUCCCACGAUAGCGCUCUCAUUCAGAUCAAAAAUCAUCGCGAAGAAUACGUAUUUACCAGUUUUGCUCUCGUGUUUGGUAGUCACGCUCUUGGUGAUCGGUGAUCUUAUGGUACCACUCUAUUACACUCUUGCAUACACCGAAGAUAUAGCACCGAUACGACCUACAUACGCAACGCACACGCUACUAGCAUGUUACGUCUUCCUACCACUAACGGAAAAUCUGCACGCUUUCGUGCUCGGCAUUACAGCGACGAUGUGCUACUUAGUUACUCUGUUCCUCAUCACUUAUAGGAAUACACCUGAUUACAUUAGCAAAAUAACCACCGACGCCAUAUAUUACGUUUGCGUUAAUGGCCUGGGUCUUUACUUUAGAUUCAUGAAUGAGGUCGUCAUACGACGAUCUUUCCUGGAUCGUCGAAAAUGCGUCGAGACGACGUUGAAGCUAAAUUAUGAAAAGGAUCAAGAGGAACAACUUACACGGAGUAUUCUUCCCCAGCACAUAGCCGCAAGAAUAAAGAAGGACUUUCGGGAUAUUUUUAAAUUUAUGGAAGAGCACAAAAAGGCACCACCGAAAGGAAGACCACGAAAUGAUCUCUGCGUCGAAACGCACAAUAACGUUUCCAUUUUGUACGCCGACGUGGUCAAUUUUUCUGGCUUAACUCUCUCGUUACCUGUGCGAAAACUAGUCGAAACUCUAAACGACUUAUUUGGUAGUUUCGACGAAGCAUCCGAGAGGCAUAACGUAUUACGGAUAAAGUUUUUGGGCGAUUGCUAUUAUUGUGUCAGCGGUGUGCCCACGCCGAACUCGCAACACGCCAAAAACUGCGUCGAUUUAGGCCUCGAUAUGAUACGGAUUAUCAAAGAAGUAAGAACCAGGGUUCGUCGAGAGAGCGGUGUAGAUGUUAACAUGAGAAUCGGUGUUCAUUCGGGGAAUAUAAUAUCCGGAAUUUUAGGCGCGAACAAGUGGCAAUACGAUGUAUGGUCGCGAGACGUUGUGAUAGCGAAUAAGAUGGAACAAACUGGUAAACCUGGAAAGGUUCAUGUUACUCAACAGACAUUGGAUCUCAUUAAUGCCACCGAAUACGACUGCGUACCAGUUGAAGUAUUGAACGAUGAAGUUCUUAAUAAAUAUGGCAUUCGCAGUUACUUAAUUACACCCGUUCCGCCAGAUACAUUGUUAAUGCAGAACAGCGAGAACACCUUGACGGUAAUUACACCGGAUACUUCGGCACCAGGCUAUAAACAUUACGUCAAGUUCUUGACUAGUGCACGACCAAGUGUAUCGUCAAGUGCACGGAGACGAUUGACCUCACCGACUAGCGAUCACGCAGAUGUAUUUGCCGGUAGUUACAGGCGCAGAACUCACUUCAUGGAUUCCUGUUUGAGGGACUAUCAUCUUAUGCUUAAAGCUGCAGAUGCGGAAAUGGAAAAUGCAAUUAAGCAGAUGCCGCUUAGCAAAUGGCAGCAAUGGACCAGAUGGGAACAUAUCAAUCCUAUUUUCCUCACGUACAAACAAUGGAAUUGGGAGAUACCGUUUCUGCGCGAGCCAGAUCCCCUUUUUAAAUUUUUUGUCGCAUGCGCUGUAUUCGUACUUUUCUUCAUGGGUCUUAUAUCACUUGUAACAGCGAUCACGCUAUCAGAGUGGCAUACCGGGACGGCCAUCGGUUAUACGAUAAGCAUGUUGUUUCUACUAACGCUAAUGCCUCUUACCUGGAUGCAUUUCGCAUGGAAUCGUUAUAAAGAUCCACACGAUGAGGGAAACGUACCGAAUCCUCGUAACAAAUUGAUAUACUUCCUGUAUCAAACGAGCGUCAAGAUUGUUUGGAGCGCAUUGCUCAGGAUAAUUCUCUAUCUUGUAAUGACCAUAAUGUUAGCGACGUGUGCUAUGUUUGAUAUGAUUUUCGAAUGUCAAAACGUGGACAAAUUGGCGGGCGAUAACGUAACGUCUAGUAUAGCACAAGUGGGGGCAGCUAAACUUGAGUGUAUUUCUACACCCUGGGUAAGAUUGUUUACAAAUGACGGAAACCUGCUCUUUGGCGAUUCUUACGAGUUUCCUCUUCCUAAGAGUGCAUUACUUUCUAAAGUUACUGAUAGGUAUUGUAAUGGUAAUAUUUUAUGCGUGGAACGUUUGGGUAUAUCGCAGCAAUAUAUUCCAGGCGAAACAUGGAAUCCAUAUUUGGAACCAAGAGUGGCACACAUUUUAAGCGUUGUCUUUCUCACAUUCUCGCUUCAUCUUAUUGAUCGUCAGGCAGAAUACUUGAGCAGAUUAGACUAUCAAUGGAAACGACAAUUGACGCUGGAACAGGACGAAGCUUUUCACACGAGAAAUGCUAAUAAAUUAUUACUCCGUAAUAUUUUACCAGAACACGUUGCGGAAUUCUACUUAAAUAUGGACAGAACGGAAGGAAAUGAACCGUAUCAUCGUGCACAUCAUAAUGUCGCCGUAAUGUUUGCGUCCUUAACGGAUCUAUCGAUCGACGAAAGUAAUAUCCUUAUAGACCUGAACGAUAUCAUAUGCAAAUUCGAUAAGUUGUUAUUCGAGCCGUACUACGUUUGUCGUAUUGAAAAAAUAAAAAUAGCAGGAACAACAUACAUGGCAGCUUGCGGCCUUGAAUCUAACCGUCGCGAUUCUAUGCAUAGCUUAGAAAGUGACGAAAAUUCUAGUGACAACGUGGUCAAAGUUAUGGCCGAAUUUGCAGCACAGAUGAUGGUAGUCCUAGAUAGAAUAAAUUCCGAAUCUGUUUCGUCCAAACCAUACAGAUUGAGAAUUGGCAUAUCACAUGGUGAGGUUUCAGCUGGUGUUGUUGGAGCACAUAAACCUCUUUAUGAUAUUUGGGGAGACGCCGUUAAUAUGGCAUCAAGAAUGGAUACUACAGGAUUGCCAGGCAAAAUACAGGUAACAGCUGAAACUGCUAAUGUGUUGGAACAACAAGGUGUUAAAUGUCACUUACGUGGUGAAACGUGGGUUAAACCAAAAGGAUAUGUCACGACAUAUUUCGUAGGUAUUGACGAAAGGAAACAACUUCAGAGAACAGAUUCCAUAGAAGAAACUAGUCUCUAACCUAUAAUUUAAAUGAAAUUAUUUGAUAGAAUUGAUUUUAAAAGUGAUUUAAAUAUUCACUUCAAAUAAUUUGGAUACUUGAAGAAUGAAAUAUCAAAACGCACAAAAGAAUCAUAACGUACAGUGGGACAAACACCAAAGACAGCUCAGGAAGAAUGAAAGAUAGCAUAAAUAAUUAAGGAAUAGAGAAAUUGCUAUAGUAUUAUGUCCAAUCUACGAAUACAACAAAUAUGAUUGUUCAGUUUAUCUCAUUCUUUAAGUGGAGUUUACAUUCACACGCUUAUAGCUAUCAAAAUGUUUAAACAAAUCCUAACCUAAAUGAUUUAACCUAUCAUUUGUGUUUUUCUUCAUAUUUAUAUACAAUAUUUUCUAUAGUUAUUUGGCCUUUCAAAAGAUCAUAUAUAUAUAUAUAUAUAUAUAUAUAUAUAUAUAUAUAUAUACAUAUUUUAAAAAUAAGUAACUAAUAAUUAACAAAAUGUAUAUUAAAAGAAUCAUCUCUUAAUUUACAAAUGGUAUUUUGAUGCUAAUUAUUUUUCUAAUCGUUAGCGUGGUACUCUAUCAUUGACGUGAUUCGAAAAAUAAUUGGAAAAAAAUGAUUUAUCUAUUAUAUUAUUUAGAGAUAAGAUACUAUGUAGUUGUUGAAGUAUAAAAAUCAAUGAAUCAGUGGAAAAUAAUCAUUGGCAAAGAUGUUGAAUGUGUACAAGCAUGUAACAAUGAUGCAAGCUCACUCACAUAAAUUAUUUUUUAAUUAA